AUGUCGCCAAAGGGAAUAUUGCCGAGGGUGGAAAAUGCCUUCAGGGAUGCAGCACCUUUCAGAAGUCGUAGGGCAGUGGAUGAAGAUGAACAGGCUGUCGAGGAGCACCAAAUUACACCCCUUAUAUGGAUGUCUGGACUGAAGGGUUUAACUGAGAUUGAAGCUGCUAAUCUUGUUGUGGAGGAGGCUAAAACUCUCUUAAAGGAGGACUUGGCUGCUUUGGGAGUGCAGUGGAACCCCAAUGCCUCUCUCUUAUCAGAUUCCUCUUCCACAUUUUCCGUAACAGGACAAGUUGAGGAAGAGGAAAAACAUAGACUGUGUGGGAAACAGAUAUCAAGAAAUAGCCAAAGUAUAAUUUCAUCAGACAAAAGGAUCAUUCAACCUGAUAGUGCAAAAUGGGUUAGACAAAAAAACAAGAGGUCGUUAGAUGCUAGUUUAGUAAAUGGGAGACUUGAAGAGACUCUGGUAGAUGAAACUAAGGGAGAGACAAGAAAUGAUGACGUAUGCUGUAGUGCAAGCAAACGGCUAAAUCUGAGAAAAGAUGGGGAAAGUAUGAGAGAUAUCUCUGUGAAGCAAAAGUUGGAUUCCAUGAUAAGUACUGAACGGAGGACAAGGCCAGGCUUGAAAGCUACUUCAAAAAAACAUCAUGUUGCAGCUAGAUUUAAGAAAAAAGCUGAAAUUAAUUUAAAUCAAAGUAGGGAACAGAGCACAGUUGCAAAAUGGAGUAGGCCUUGGAGUCAAGAAUCAAGUUUCAAAAUCAUUUCCAUCCUCCAGCGACAGCUGCAAUGGUGUACCAACAUAAACCAGCAGCGACUGACAGAGUAUCAUGAGGAUGACUCUCUAAUGUUCUCAGAUGCUGAUUCUUUCCACAUAGCAGAAAUGAGAGAUGGUGAGUCCGUGCCUUGUUUUCACAGAAACGUGCUCAACAAGCUGAGAAAUCUGAAAGAGGCAGAUGAUGAUGUCAGACCUGAGAUUACUGGAAAAGAUGCAAAUGCUAACCAAGUGGGAAAGUGUGAUUUUUUGUUUGAUUUAAGUCCAGGAAUGAAAGAAGUCUUAGAUGAAUGGCCAAGCCCCACUGGAAAUAAACCUGAAAUGGAUACAAGAAGCAAUUUGAGAGUAGUGCUAUCUGAGAAAAAUCAGGAUUCUGCCCUAUCCUGUGGUCAGUUCAAAUUUCGCAAAGAUUUUACUAGCAUGGGUGAUCAGAGUAAGACCUGUGGCUCUUUACUAAUCAACAGAAAAGGAAGUUCCAUUUCUUGGACAGAUGGGAACAAGGAACCUCUUUCUCCAGCAAAGUUCAUGGAGCCUCCUUCACAGGAUCAACGCUUUGUGACACAUGCCGAAGCCAAAAAUAUGAACCCCACAGACAAAGCUCCUGGUCUUCAGCUCCUGCAGAACGCUGCACUUGAUUCACACCCGCAAGCAAAACCAGAAAAUGGCAGACAUGCUGAGUUUCCAUCCGAGGAUGACUCUAUUAUAAUUGAAGGUUUUUCACUGCAGUUAUCUCAAGAUCUACCAUCCUGCAGUGCUGAAAAUUUUGCUAUAAUUGAUGUAGCGAAUGAUAAGGCUCUUUUCCAAACCUUCAUUAAAGAAUGGAGCACGAAAAAGAGAUUUGCUGUCUCGGUGGCUUGUGAAAGAGCAAAAGGCCCCCUUUCCCACAGAUCAGCUAUUGGUGCCAAGUUCAAGCAAGGGAACCAGGAAAUUCAAUAUGAAGGUGAUGGAUUUCCUGUAACAGCCUGUGAAGACCUGCUGGUAGUUGGAUUAGCUGUGUGUUGGGGUGGAAAGGAUGCUUACUACAUUUCAUUGCAACAGAAAUCUCAAGAACAGACUGGUAAGGAAGUGUUUUCUAAAGGAAUGCACUUUAGAGAAGCCUACACGUAGCAUCUUGCUGC